AUGGGUGACUCCAAGACCACUGUUUCAGCUACUGUUACUCAAAGUGAUAUGUCUCUACAUAUCACCCCAGACAAGUUGGAUGGGUCCAACUAUUCCUCAUGGUCCCAAAGUGUCCGCAUCUACAUCACUGGCAGAGGUAAAUGGUCUUAUGUCAGUGGAAAAAAAAUGGCACCAGCAGAAGCUGAUGCAUUGUAUGCUAUAUGGGAGGAAGAGAAUGCCAUGGUUCAAUCUUGGUUACUCAACUCCAUGACCAGAGAUGUGCGGGCCAUUUUUCUCCAACUCUCUACUGCAAAAGAUGUUUGGGAUGCUGUUACCCAAACUUACUCAAUUGAAAAAGAUGCAUCAAAGUUAUACGAACUUCGCCGUCAAGCACUGGCGACUCGCCAGAAUGGAGAACCUUUAUCUGCAUAUUAUGGUAAACUUCAACAAACAUGGCAAGAAAUUGAUUUCUUGCGUCCUGGAAAAUUGAAGUACGCUGAUGAUAUUGCUACCCGAGAGACAGAAAUUUCGGAAGAAAGAUUGUAUGAUUUUCUGGCUGGUCUUGAUCCCCAUUUAGAUCAUGUUCGCAGUCAAGUUUUGACUCAAACAACUCUGCCUUCUGUUCGUGCUGCUUAUGCUCUUGUGAAUGCUGAAGCAAGUAGGCAAACCAUUAUGUUGGUUGGCUCACAAGUGGAAGGAUCCGCCAUGGUAGCUGCUCCGUCUCGAUUUCCCCGUGGAGUCUCAAAUUCUCGAUUAUGUGGAUCCAAAACUACUGAUACAAGGAAGUGUACUUAUUGUGACAAGGAUAAGCAUACUAGAGACACUUGCUUCAAGCUGUAUGGAUAUCCUGAUUGGUGGGUUCAAAAGAAGGAAAAUAAAAAAAAAGGCAUUGGUGGAUCACACGCACACCUGACACCAACGCCUUCCAUACCUCGGGAGGAUCAAUCUGCUCACUUAGUUUCUCCUACUACUGCUUCUACUUCCUUAGUCGAUGCAGGAUAUUCGAAAGAAAGCAUUGAUUGGUCAUGGUAG